AUGGUCCCCUCAUCCGAAGGACAAGACAGGGGAGGGGGUAACCAGGGAGACCCCCAGGAACUAACACAGGGGCCCCCUAGCGACGUGCAGCAGCAGCAGCAGCAGCAGCAGCAGCAGCACGGGUCUGCAUCAGGAGCAGCAGGAGGAGCAGGAGGAGGAGCAGCAGCAGCAGAAGCAGCAGCAGCACCUCUUAAGAGAGACGCAUCAGGCAUUGAGGAAGAUGCCCCAGAGAAGAAGCAAAAAACAGAGGAAACACAAGCUGCUGCUGCUGCAGCAGCAGCAGCAGCAGAACCGCAGCAGCAACAGCAGCAGCCGCUCCUUGAGACUAUGAAGCCUCUGGGGUGUAUGCCCACCUCUUCUGCUGGGGGCCCAUCAGUUGUUGCUGCAGCAGCUAGCCAGCAGCAGGAGCAGCUGCAGCAGCAGCAAACAGACAAGACAGCAUUACCACCUGGUGUUGUACAGUUAGGCCCUUUUGAGCGUAAUGCCUACGCGUCUGCUGCAGUGUCUCGUCCUGCCGUGUAUGUUGAGUCUCUUGCCCCCCAAACCCUAAUGGGGGUUUUGCAGGAGACAGAGGAUAAUUGUCUCCUUAAGGAAGAGACACAAAAGGAGACAAAUAAUCCUUCUGCUGCUGCUGCUGCUGCUGCUGCUGCUGUUGAUGUGCCCGGAGACAGACCCCCGGUGGCACUUGAUCCACAAAGAGUUAAACAGCGCGAACAGGAAGCAGUAAUGGAGACAGCGCAUGCAGCAGCAGCAAUACCUGUGCUGCCUAGUUGCUGCAGUUGGUUUAAUGAUAAGGAGAUAAACCCUCUAGAGAAAGAUCUUCUCCCUUCUCUAUUCGCAGGGAGCUCUUUAUUAGAGAAUGAGAGGGAUGAGGUAGCUGGAGUCGUGCUUCAUUGUAUGAGAAGCUGCAGCAGCACGGUGCAGCAGCAGCAGCAGCAGCAGCAGCAGCAGCAGAGACAAGUGCAGCACCACAAGGAGAAGGGCCUUGGCGUUGUGUCUCUUGUGGCAAGAUUUGUCUCUAUUCUUAUUAUAUACUUAAACCAGGAGGCACUGCAGGUUGAUUUACUAAUUGCGGGAGGGUCUGGGGAUGGCAGCGAUUGGCAAUUAGACGAGACAGAACGCCUCAUCGAAGCAAUAGAGUUACAUAAAGAUGAUUGGCAAGAAGUAGCAGCAUAUGUAGGAGGUGGACGUACACCCCAACAAUGUGUAGAGAGAUUUAUACAACUACCGACACAGGAACCCUUCUUGGAGGCUAGUAAACAUGUUAUUAGCGGAACGGAGCAAACCCCUUUCUCUAGUUUUGCAAACCCUUUGUUGUCUCUUUUAGCUUUUCUUUCUUCUGCUGUACAUCCCUCUGUUGCUGCUGCUGCAGCACGUGCUGCGCUGCAGGAGACAGUUAAUGUUGCUGUCUCUAGUAAGGAUCUACAGCAACGUAGCAGCAGCAGCAGCAGCAGCAGCAGAAGCAGCAGCAGUAGUGGGGGGAAAGAUAAUGCAGCAGCAGCAGCAGCAGCAGCAGGGGAAGCAGCAACAGCAGCAGCAACAAGGAAGGGAGGAGGAGAAGCAGAGGCAAAUGGUGUUGGUGUUAAGCAGGAAGGGAAUACUGCUGCAGCAGCAGCAGAUGACAACAACAACAGCAGCAGCAGCAGCAGCAGCAGCAGCAAUAACAAUAAGGAGUUAUUAAUAGGGGAGGAAGCAUUACAAAUAGCAGCAGCAACAGCAUUAGCAGCAGGAGCAGCAAGUGCAGCAGAACUGCAGCAAAUAGAGCAGCAAAAUGUUGGGUGUCUCCUUCGUUCCUUAGCUGAGCUACAGAUGAGGAGAGUGUCCCUUAAAUUAAAAAGAUUACAAGCAUUAAGAGACACUGUAGAUAAAAGUAAACAACAAAUGGAGAAUCGUCUAUCACAAUUAUUCUCUGAGCACUCUGAGCUAAUGGCAGAACUAGAAGGAACGAGGAACAUUGGGCAGCCAACAACUAUACAGUAG